UCGCCACGCAAGUCGGUCGGCUGGCCUGGGCUCGGCUGCCAGAAGCGGGGCGGGGCAGCGCGGUUUUUCCGCUUCCGACGUGUUUCCGGCCUUAAAGGCAUUUCGCCCUUCCCUUUAAGACGCACCGCCCCCUCUCAGUUAUUCCCAAGAUGGCGGACCUACUGGGCUCCAUCCUGAGCUCCAUGGAGAAGCCACCCAGCGUCGGUGACCAGGAGAGUCGGCGCAAGGCCCGAGAGCAGGCUGCCCGCCUGAAGAAACUACAGGAGCAAGACAAACAACAAAAAGUGGAAUUUCGUAAAAGGAUGGAGAAAGAAGUGUCUGAUUUUAUCCAGGACAGUGGACAGAUCAAGAAGAAGUUUCAGCCUAUGAACAAGAUAGAGAGGAGCAUACUACAUGAUGUAGUGGAAGUGGCAGGCCUCACAUCCUUCUCCUUUGGAGAAGAUGAUGACUGUCGCUAUGUCAUGAUCUUCAAAAAGGAGUUUGCACCUUCAGAUGAAGAGCUGGACUCCUACCGUCAUGGAGAGGAGUGGGAUCCCCAGAAGGCUGAGGAGAAACGGAAGCUAAAGGAGCUGGCUCAGAAACAGGAGGAGGAGGCAGCCCAGCAGGGACCUGUGGUGGUGAGCCCUGCUAGCGACUACAAGGACAAGUAUAGCCACCUUAUUGGCAAAGGAGCAGCCAAAGACGCAGCCCACAUGCUACAGGCCAACAAGACCUAUGGCUGUGUGCCUGUGGCCAACAAGCGGGACACUCGCUCCAUAGAAGAGGCCAUGAAUGAGAUCCGAGCCAAGAAACGUCUGCGGCAGAGUGGGGAAGAGUUGCCACCUACCUCCUAGGCAUCACACCCAACUCCCUUUGACCUCUAGCAAGGCAGGGGCAUGGAGGAACAAGGCUGCUGCUAUCAGGACCCAUCCUGGAGCCCCACUUCAAACUAUGAGGUUCUACCAGCUGUCACUCAGGCUGGAGGAGAAGCAGGUGUUUAUCACUGCUGCAACUUGGAUGUAUGGAUCGUGCGUGCGUGCGUAUGUGCAUGUGUGUGUGUGUGUGAAGAGUGCAAAUGUGUGGGUGGGUAUUUAAU